CAACACUCAGCCAGCCAUACCCGUUGUAAGGACAUUCUCUCCUCACAAUACAGCAUAAGCCAGUUUGUUUUUGUCAGCUCAUAAAAGUGACCAAUAAAAAGCCUCCUUCAUUACAAGGCCCGCCCCCUGUGGCCUAUCACAGCCGUUGUUGUUGUAACGUCUUGUCGUUCGCGCUCACAUCCGGUGAUAUAUAUUUCGCCACGAGUUAGCGGCGAAUUCGGAGUGUCCAUCUUGAGAAGCAAGUCACCGUCUCCUCGUCUCUGAACCCCCCCAUCCAUCACAAUGAGCGACACCGAAAAUCAGUUUAUGGAGACUUCCGAGCAGAAUGGCAACGAGGGAGAGGAGGAGCAGAACGGAGCCGACCAAGAGGAGUUUGCUGUCAAAGAAGAAGAAGAAGAAGCAGAAGGCGAAGUAGAAGGAGACGUAGAAGCAGAGGUAGAAGGAGACGUAGAAGCAGAACCAGAAGCAGCAGCAGAAGCAGCAGCAGCAGAAGGAGGCGAAGGCGACGUAGAGGCAGAAGGAGAAGGCGAGGGAGAUGCUGAGGCCGAAGUAACGCAGGAGGAAGCCGGAGACGGUGGAAAAAUCAACGCUAGCAAAGGAGAAGAUGAUGCAGGUAAAAUGUUCGUGGGCGGCCUGAGCUGGGACACCAGUAAAAAGGACCUGAAGGACUACUUCUCGAAGUUCGGCGAGGUCUCGGACUGCACCAUUAAGAUGGACGCCAGCACGGGCCGAUCCCGCGGCUUCGGAUUCGUCCUUUUUAAAGACUCCUCCAGCGUGGACAAGGUCCUAGAGCAGAGCGAACACAGACUGGACGGACGUCAAAUCGACCCCAAGAGGGCCAUGGCGAUGAAGAAGGAGCCUGCAAAGAAGAUCUUUGUUGGAGGGCUGAAUCCUGAGGCCACUGAAGAAACCAUCAGGGAAUACUUUGGAACUUUUGGAGAGAUUGAGACCAUUGAGCUGCCAGUUGAGCCCAAGAUGAAGAAGAGGCGGGGGUUCAUCUUCAUCACAUACAAAGACGAGGCCAGCGUCAAGAAGUGUCUUGAGAAUAAAUUCCACACGGUCGAAGGCAGCAAGUGUGAGUUGAAGAUCGCCCAGCCCAAAGACGUGUACCAGCAGCAGCAGUACGGGGGUGGCCGAGGGGGCGGCUACAGCGGAGGUGGUGGUCGUGGUGGCAGGUGGCGCGGCGGUGGAGGAGGAGGUGGUGGCGGUGGAGCCCAGAGCCAAGGCUGGAACCAAGGCUAUGGUAACUAUUGGAACCAGGGCUACGGUUCCCAGGGCGGUUACGGAGGCUAUGGUGGAUACGGAGGCUACGACUAUGGCUCAGGCUACUAUGGUGGAUAUGGAGGCGGCGGCGGCGCUUAUGAUUACAACCAGGGCAGUGCCAGCUUUGGGAAAACUCCAAGACGGGGAGGCCACCAGACUAGCUACAAGCCAUACUGAUCACAUUGUAGUGCAAGUGCUCAAGUGAUCCAGUGUAAGAUUGGACUUAUGGUAGCCUGGCGGGGACACAAGACUCCACUCAACUUUUAUGGCAGACGACCAUUUUGUACAGAAACCAUCAGAAUAAAAUGUAACUUUUUCCAAUUUUUUUUUACCCGGUCAUGUUUUGUUUUUCCCGUAGUUUUCUUUUUUUUUUUCCCACAUUUCCACAACUGGAAGUGUUAUUUUUACCGUACUUUUUGGUACCUUUUGAUUCUAAUGUAUUGUAAGGGUUGUAUUUUACAUGUCUGCUGACUUUACAGAACAAAACAUUGAUGCUGUAAAGGAGCUUUUGUUUUGUUUUUGAAGAAAAAAUAAACAUUUUUCAGUAAUUUUUUUCCCCCCCUGUUCUGGUGCUUCCAGACUCUUGAGCCAAGUCUUAAGUUCACCUGGAAGGGCACAAGGUCAAGUGGGUGUCCUCUGCAGUAGGGUCUAGUUACUGAGGUUUAAAGUGGCCAUGGUUACCAAAUCAACAAAACAAUUAUGAUAUAACUAAAUUCCAAUGAACAAAACAUUUCUUUUUAAAUUCAAAAUGUUAACGAUCUUUCUCCCCCUUUACCACAUGGCCGAUGUUGGAAUAUGAUAAUUCAAUGUAAAUAGACUUGUAUCUGCGAAAGGGAAUGCUUGCCUCUUUUGUGUCCUCGUCAACCGGUGCGCACCUUUCUGGAUGUUUUAAAGGGCAGUGUCUUCAGAUAUGACUAAUGCGGAGAAGGGCUUGCUGAUAUGGACUGCUGUCUGGAAGGGGGAGGGGGUUCUUUUCGCUUCUGUGUUGACUUAAUUUGUGUGGUAUGCCUUUGUUUUAAGUGAUAGCUCUGGAAUUAGAUGUCUUCAAAGUUUGUUUAUAGGACCAGGCCCUCUGGGGUCUACACAAACUAGUGUAUUUGGCAGUUUGUUAGUAAUAAAAAAAACCUUUGGUUUAA